CAUGGCAGAAGGAAUAGCUAAGGAUAAGGUGGAGGAGACAAGUGAGUUAGAAUGGGGCUUGUUACCCCCAGAAGAAUUUUCCCAAGUGAAUGGAAUCAUUCUUCAAAAGAAAGCAUGCGAUUCCUGGGAAAAGAUCUGGAACUUCCAAGCCAAGCCUGAUGACCUGCUCAUUGCUUCUUACCCCAAAGCAGGAACCACUUGGACACAGGAAAUUGUAGAUCUGAUACAAAAUGAUGGAGAUAUUGAGAAAAGCAGGCGCGCUUCCAUUCAACUUCGACACCCUUUCCUGGAAUGGAUACGAAUGACACACUAUGGGAUUGACCACGCUAACGCAAUGCCUUCUCCAAGGACCCUGAAAACUCAUCUUCCUGUACAACUACUGCCUCCAUCCUUCUGGAAGGAAAACUGUAAGAUAAUCUAUGUGGCCAGAAAUGCCAAGGAUAAUCUGGUGUCCUACUACCAUUUUCAAAGGAUGAACAAAGCACUCCCUGACCCCGGAAGCUGGGAUGAGUACUUCGAAACAUUCCUGGCAGGCAACGUGGUAUGGGGGUCCUGGUUCGACCAUGUGAAAGGCUGGUGGAAGAAGAAAGACAGCCACCCCAUUCUUUAUCUUUUCUAUGAAGAUAUGAUGAAAGAUCCAAAACGUGAAAUCAGAAAGAUAAUGGAAUUCCUUGGGAAGAACCUAAAAGAAGAGAUUUUAGACAAAAUUGUCUAUAAUACUUCAUUUGAUGUAAUGAAAAAGAACCCCAUGACCAACUACAUAAAUGAAAUUAAAAUGAAUCAUCAUCUCUCUCCAUUCUUGAGAAAAGGAGUUGUGGGAGAUUGGAAAAAUCAGUUCACUGAAGCUCAGAACAAGCAAUUUAAUGAAUACCAUGAGAAAAAUAUGGCUGACACUUCACUGUCAUUUUGCAUGGGACUCUAAUAAACACAGCAAGAGGAUAAAACUUAUUCUCUCCCUAGCCUCUGUAAAGUGAAAAGGAAAUCUGUUUCCAAAUACCACCAAUGGUUUGUCUGACUCAGCGUAAGAGUUUUUAAACAAAGGCAUGAACAUUCUUUAUCCUUGAAUUUCUGAUCUGCUUUUUGGAUUACCACAAUCUGACUUGUUAUAUAAUUAUUAUGCUUUGUGUUUUUCUCCCUUCUCCACAGAUUUUUAGGG